UGUGAUUGUGAUUAGGGCCAGCGGCCAGCCUGGAUAUUUGUGUGCAAUCGACGACGGUUCGCCUCUCUUGACUCAUACUCGCCCCUUUAGAAUCGUACUACUCUCAUGAUGGUUCCUGUUGCUACCCUUACCAGAAGUCGUUCCUACCGAUUUUACAUUGCUGCAUGGUGUUUCAUAUUGGCUUUGAUAUCAUGCCGGAUGUUUGACUUGAACCAGCUUCCAGAAGAGGAUCUUGAUGAAGCCUUUCCAGGCGUGGCAGCCGAAAUAUCUCGAGGCAAGCGCAAGGAGCAUCCAGUCCAACUUCCGAGCCUCAGUCCCCCGACAAGCCGUGUGUGCCGAUCGGAUGAUCAGGGUGGCCCCUCCAACUCGGGUUCCAUCACUGCAAGGUUGAGAGCCGAACAUGAAGUCGACAUUGGCCACUCCGGCGUACAAGAACCAACUACCGCAGUUGACUCGGUGAAUAUUGGAAGCGGAAUAAGCCAAUCCAUCGCGGGCAGUCACCCUAAUCAAGCCGGUCAGUCCUCCUCCGGCGGUGGCUCCAAGUCAAUGGAUCACCCGGAUAAUGAUUUUUCGGAUAGCGAUCAGCUGCCAGGUUUACCAGUCGUCGAGAAGAAGCAUUGGGACGAACUAGAUUUUCCCCAUUUGAUCACACGUGGUGCCAUUGUCGAAGAACUUCUCAAUAAAUUCGGCAAAAGCUUUCAAUCUAAAGUCACGUCAGAAGAUUGUCGGUCCCGCCACUGGGGUUUAGUCGACCCACACCCCACCUUGUCUAGCGCACGGAUCGAUGUUGCGGUCAGGGACCGAUAUAAGCUAGCAAAAGUCCUGCAACAUGACUUCUCUUACACACAGACGGGUCCGCGCCUAUAUAUGCUUUACAAGUUUUUGGCGGUAUCACUUUACAAGCUCCAUGGCGAGUUUUUAACGCAAAUCAACAUUCCAGUAUUACAUCACAGAAAUCUACAAGAAAAAUUGUUUGAAUGGCUGGAAAAAGAAAUCUUUACCCCCAAAGAUAGUCAUCCUGUGCUUGGAAUCGCCCCUGGACCCGACUUAACUUGGGAGUCAGGUGGUCCCGAUCUGCAAAAAUAUGGGGCCAUUCAGGAAGAAUUGAUCAGAUACUUUUCUGAUGAGCGCAGUGAUCCAAACAUCUCCACGUCAGUUAUCCUAGAACAGUACCGAGCUAAACAUGCGAAAAAGUAUCUGGCAUUACGGCAACUCUCAGGAUCAUUUCCUGAAGACCCGAAUAGACCUUCAAUCAAACCAAACUUCCCGGAAAUCCUAGAGUACCUUUCAAAUAUGGCCGAAAACCUGGAAAUAAAUCUGAUUUCCCACAACGAUAGGCAUUCGAAGACGGCAAGAGAACACUCAGCGUUGGUUUCACCAUAUGUUUUGAUGUUUGAAAAAACUUUUCGGGCGGCAGAAAUAGACAAAGGAGACCUCAGGAGUUAUUACCCAACCCUGCCAAUAUCAAUGUGCUUCCAUGAUCAUGUACCUGGUCCGAAGCCUUUGCGAAUGAUAGACCCGAAUGGAAAGAUAUAUGAUGUACAAACCUUACGCCCCAAACUGAGAAGAAUGUUGAAAGCUGUGGACAUUUUACACAUCAAGGCCAUGUCAAAACUGAAAAGAAAACUGUCUGCUCAAUGCAUUAAAAAGAGAAGACAAUCUGCAUCAAAAUUUCUGAUCGACUCGCUCACUCGACCAAAAGGAAGUCUACCACUUAUUGGACGCGCUCAAUCUCCUGAGGGCAUUGCCCCAUGGUUCAGCAAGUCGUAUGGCAAGCCCAUUUAUUUUGGAGAAGUUCAAUUGAAGAUGUUGAAAUAUUUUUCUGAAGAGUUGGAGAAGGAAGAUCUGAUACACAUUCCAGCAUUUCUUUUGCUCAGUUGGCAUUGUGCUAAUCCUAAGUAUCAGCUGAAGUCUUCUUGAGUUAUUUCUCAGCAUCUUCAUUUUAUUUGAAUCAAUGCAUUGUGUUAAUUUUGCAAAUAGUAAA